ACGGGUGAACGUGUGAUGGGUCUGGACGUCGGCCGUACAUUUGCCACCUCUUUGAACGCCACGCUCUCGGGUAUGACUAAAAUACCCGACCACUGGUCUAUGGCCGACGCGUCCACUAUUAUCAACACCUAUAGUACGCUGUGGUAUGGACUCAUAAAACGUGCCAAUUUGAAGAAAGGCGAAAGCAUUUUAAUACAUUCGGCGGCGGGAGGUAUCGGACAGUCGGCUAUUAAUAUCGCCAAACACUAUGAGUGCGAUAUCUAUGUAACGGUCGGGACGGAAGAGAAAAAGCAAUUUCUGAUGAAAGAGUAUAACAUACCGGAGAACCGGAUAAUGAACUCGAGGGACAUUGUGUUCAAGAAUAAAAUAAGGGAAUUAACGGACGGAAAGGGAGUCGAUAUUGUGAUCAACUCAUUAGCCGGAGAGAAACUGGACGCCAGCUAUGAGUGUCUGGCUAAUUGUGGCAGAUUCAUCGAGAUCGGGAAGUUCGACAUGUUCCAGAAUAGGAAACUGGGUAUGUUUGACUUCCUGAGGGACAUACAGUUCAUUGGUGUGGGUUUGGACGCCGCGUGUAUGAAAAACCCAAACUUUUUGCCAGACUUUUACGUUUGGAUGCAUAAGAACUGUACGAAUGGUUGCGUCAAACCAUACAAUUAUACCCUUUAUAACGCCUCGGAUGCGGAUAAGGCCUUAAGAUUCAUGACAACCGGUAAACACAUCGGGAAAGUAGUGCUGAAAAUGAGAGACGAAGAGACAGACAAAAGAUCCCCGAAGCUCAUCAAACCUGCGCCUUAUAUACAGACAACAGUUAAGACAUUUUUCAAUCCCAGCAAAGUCUAUAUAAUAACUGGAGGUUUGGGUGGGUUUGGCACACAACAACUCAUAAAAGAGGCUCAAGAGUUGGGACCCAUUGGAGGGGUAUUUCAUUUGGCGCUUGAAUUGAAUGACUGUUUGAUAGAGAAGUUAACGUUUGAUAAGUUUUGUUCGUCUAUUGAUACCAAACAUAAGAUUUUCGCAAAUUUGGAUCAAUUGACCCGAAAAUUGGACUACAAAUUGGAUUAUUUUGUCGUAUUUUCAUCGGUGGCCUGCGGUAAGGGAAAUGGAGGUCAGUCUAACUACUCGUUCGGUAACUCUAUGUGUGAACGUAUUUGUGAACAACGCCGGAGGGAUGGCUUACACGGACUGGCCAUACAGUACGGACCCAUCGGUGAUGUGGGAGUGUUUGCAGACUCGGAUCAGUUGCUGACAAUGACAUCGAUUAGGAAACAGCGAAUCAACUCUUGUUGCGAUGUUUUGGACAAAUUAUUGUCAGUUAAACAACCGAUCGUUACAUCAUAUAUAAAAGUGGACCAGCUCAAAACAGCCGGUGGAUCCAAACGUAAAAUGAUUGCCGAACUAUGGCGUGCUCUGGGCAUUGAUCCCGAGACCACACCCAACCACCUAACCCUGGGUGAGAUCGGCAUGGAGUCUAUGUUUGCCGUUGAGUUACAGCAGGAACUGGAGAGGGAGUGGAAUAUGAAAGUGACUCUCAAUCAGGUCAAGAGUAUUACGAUCGGUAUGUUAAAGGACUACGAGGCCGGCAAUGUGGGCAAUAUUAAAGUGCACAUCGAGGACAUUAAAAGGUGCAAGGCCAAACUGCUGAAACAGAGGUUCGUGAUGCCGACCGAGAAGUUCGAGCGCUUGAAUACCGUGACAACUGGUCGACCCGUGUAUAUAAUGCCGACCCUUAACAUCAAUUUUCAAGUGUUUGAAGAGUUGGCACAAAAGUUGAACCGACCGGUGAUUGGCCUGAAUUGGACCCGGGAUGUGAGCAAAUUGACAACACUUAAAGAGAUUAGCAAAUACUAUGUGGACCUAUUGAAGCACCUGGAUCCAAAGGGCCAGUACGAUGUGGUGGGCUAUUUCGAUACGUCCAUUGUUUGCGCUAAAGUGCUGCUGAAGGGAAUGGCAAAUAAGACGGUUAUUGUGGACAUCAUUAGUGACCUGCGUUUCUGCGAUGAACAGCUCACCGAAGACUUUAUACUGGAGUUCAUGUUGAGCUGUAUGGCCGGUGACAUACCCGUCUCAUUCAAGGACAAAAUUCUGCGAGAAUUCAAAAAGGAGUCGGAUAUCAACGCUAAGGUUAGGCUCAUUGUCAAUGAGGUCGUGGACUUCGCCGGCAAAGGACUACAGGCGCCCGAUAUGGAGGAGAUAUUUCACAUAAUGAUAGCCCGGAUUCGUAUGCUAUCGGAGUAUAGACUCAAUAAACGCAAGAAGUUUGCGAAUAAACUAAAGCUCGCGAUCGGAAAGAAAUGGGCGAAAAAGACCGGGAAAUUGGUUUUCAUUAAACCGUUGAAGUUUGACGGCGUCGAUGAUAUGGAUGAGCUGCUGGAAAAGUCUCGCGAUUUGUAUUUCUUACCUGGCUCAAAGGAUGGACAGCAUAAUAUUGAGAUGGAGGCGGUCGACACUCCCAGCUCUGUGGAUGUGAUGGCCGGGGAUAUAAUCGCUAAGAUAGAGGCAGCGCUCAAAUAAAUUGAUAUAGAAUUUUAUACCUGGUAUCAAUUUGAUUUAUUAAAUUCAUAUUUUAAACAAAAUUUUAUUUUUGAAUUAUUAAUGUUAAAAUUAAUUUUUAGUAAUUAAUUAUGCUGAAUAGUAGUGUACUGUACAUGUAAUGAAGCAGUUAAAGUACCAAUUUUGAAUAUCCAUAAGAAGUAAAUUUACAUGUACUGUAUAUGUUAUUUUCAAACAAUGAAUAAAUCUUUUAAUUCAAAAGUAAUCCCAAAUAA